UUAUACGUCUAUUUCUCCUCACGCACUCUCUCUCUCGCUCUCUAACUCAACCUAGCCUCACCGACUCCUUUUGCUACAAGUGGCGAUAGCGCUCACUGAUAGCGAAGUCGGCCUCAAGCAAUGACUUCCAUGGCCGGCAUUCGAGCUAUAUCGACUGCAACCUCCUCACAAGUUGCCAAAGGAACGAGGAAAACCUCCCAAAUUCCCGUGAGGAUCUCUAUCAAACGCCGUAGCGAUGCCUUCGCAAAGGCUACCUUCGAGGCCGAUGGUGGCCUCAAUGGAAGCGCCAGCAAUGACAACUCCAGGGCGCUGGAGUUGAAGAGGACUCUCAAGGAAUCAAAGCCGGAGAUUUCUCCCAAGGACUCUUCAACACUUCCUAGACCACUUACUGCUUCGGACUUGUCCAAUUCAGUCAAUAGAUCUCGCCUUAGAGUGGCCUAUCAGGGUCUUCCGGGAGCGUACAGUGAAUCCGCAGCAGCGAAAGCUUAUCCCAAUUGUGAAGCUGUUCCAUGCGAAUUGUUUGAGACGGCCUUUGAUGCUGUGGAUCGUUGGGUGGUUGAUAGGGCCGUUUUACCAAUUGAGAACUCUUUAGGUGGUAGCAUCCAUCGUAACUAUGACUUGUUGCUUCGGUAUGGCUUACAUAUUGUUGGAGAAGUGAAGUAUGCAGUCCGGCAUUGCUUGCUUGCAAAUCGUGGUGUGCAAAUUGAAGACCUAAAGAGAGUUCUUAGCCAUCCUCAAGCCCUUGCACAAUGUGAACAUACUUUAACCAAAUUGGGUGUUGUUAGAGAAGCUGUGGAUGAUACAGCAGGUGCUGCAAAGUUUGUUGCUACUAACCAGCUACAAGAUGCUGGGGCAGUUGCAAGCUCCUUGGCUGCUGAACUAUACGGUUUGAAUAUUCUUGCUAGAGAUAUCCAAGAUGACUCUGAUAAUGUUACUCGUUUUUUGAUGUUAGCAAGAGAGCCCAUUAUUCCUGGUAUUGAUAGACCAUUUAAAACAAGUAUAGUGUUCUCUUUAGAAGAGGGGCCUGGCGUGCUUUUCAAGGCACUUGCUGUUUUUGCUAUGAGGGAUAUCAGCUUGACAAAGAUUGAAAGCCGGCCCCAAAAGAAAAGGCCUACGCUUAUAUCCGUUGAUGUAUGCAGUGGAUCUCCAAAGUACUUUGAUUAUCUUUUCUAUGUAGAUUUUGAAGCGUCAAUGGCCUCACAAAAUGCGCAGAAUGCCCUAAGGCACCUAGAGGAAUUUGCAAAAUUCCUAAGAGUGCUUGGGAGCUACCCCAUGGAUGUCAGCCAAGCUUGAAUAAUCAUGUUAAAGCCUGUAUUCAUAGUCCUGGUACGAAUGGAUUGGCCAUGUUUGACUGGUAGCAGCUUGCCUGUUCUCAAAACUGGUAUUUGUUUAUAUUGAUUCACUUUCAGAGCUCAAACAGCUGUGAGCUUUCACAAAUUGAAUGAAAAAGUGAAAGUCAUUUUUUUCAGUUUAUUUUUUGUUUUAGAGUUUAAAAUCUUUGCCAGAAUAUGUAGUUAUUAAAUGUUUUACUAGAAGAAUCACAGCUUACUUUAUAUUUUAUUUUACUUGGUUGGUGAGAUCAUGUUUGAGGCAAUAAAUGCUUGAGUAUGGAAGAAUUUUUGGGGGAGAGUUUGAAGGAUGAGAGAGGUUCCUUUUAUUUGCUUAAAUAAUUCCCCAAUAUGAUGUGUAACUGAAUCUCUUUUGGAUGUGAGAUUACCAUUUUUUUUUUCUUUCGUAGUAUUGAAAUUGUCUUUUCUUC